CGAUGAUUCAGUUAGCAUCAAGUCAGACAAUGAUCUUGCGAGUUCAUUGAUGGAACUUGAUAUGUCCUCGGAUUUGGACGUUAAGGACCCAAAAGGCAAGGGCAAGGCAAAAGCGGCACCUACUAGGUCACCAAUGAGAAGCUGGAACGCAAAGCGCAGUCACACUCUGCUUUCCCCGUCACCAUCAGAAGCCACUAGGAAAGCAGUCCAGAAGAAACUCAAAAAGGAACCUGCAAGUGACACUGCCGUUCCCUUAUUUUCAAUGAACUCUGAAUCUGCGAGCCCUGAACUCAAACUUCAUCCGUCGACCCAGCCCAGCGCUCAAUCCAAUAGCUAUAAAACGGUAUCGUUUCGUACUAUGACUAGUCGAGUGCCAGCUACCCUCAAAGUAGAGAACAAGAUAUCCACUCCACCAGACUUUGUGUCGGUCAGUGAAGCGGAUGUCCUGUGGCGCAACAAGAUACAGGACGAUGACCCUUUCGCGGAAUACAUCAAUCCAUGGGACUCCCAUUACUCUAUGCUCAAUCUUGCCAACCUCCGAGUAAUUUGAGAGUCGGCAUAGGCUAUCUCGCAGUGACCAGGUCUGUUUUUUAAAUGACAGGCGCAUUAAUUUCGUAGUUUUUGUUCUUUGUGCAUCAUAGUACAUACUAGUAUCCUCGUCAUUUCAUUCCGUAUCGCUACGUUCAACUUGCACCCUCGUAAUGCCUCACCUACUAAUGAUAUCUUGCAGUCAGAUACAUGAUUCACUCGUUACUACUUUGCGGACACUCAUUGGAUGCAGAUGUGUUGUCACUUAGGCUCACCAAGCGCUGGUUCACCAAAGUCGAAAUCAUCAAGGCUGAGCUUGAGGAAAAGCAGUUCAAGGUCAAACUUACUGUCAUAGACACCCC